AUGCCGCCGCCGUGCCAGGCGUUCGUUGCCCUAGCCAUUGCCUCUCUGGGUGGUGUUGGUGGUGGUGUUGUCUUGUCAGCGUCAACGAGAAACGCGUUGUCGAUUCCCGACCUGCUGGACAGGCCUCUGUGCGUUGUUGCACGUGCACGCCGAACCCUGAAGUGCUGUGUUACAGUACUUGGUAAUCGAUAUUUUGGGCCCCAGCUUUCCCAGCCUGAUGGCAAACCAUUGGACCAUUUCCGCGACAUUACCCUGGGGCCAAGUUCCGUAAGCAUUGGAUUUGUUAAUGGCACGGUUUCGGAUGUUGCUCUUGUGAACGGAACAGAGGCAUACCUUCGAGCUAUGAAGCGUUGGCAUCAUUUUGUUUCGGAUCACCCUACUCGAGGAGGCAAGCAUAAUUCCAAGACGAGCAUGCCACUCUCGUCCUUAGAACGCCUUCGAUCCUGGUUCCAGUGGGGACUGCCGAACCCCGCGGGACCCUUCUAUGAGCCCCUCGACGAUUCUCUUAUCCCAAUCGUGGAGAUGAUGAGAAAACUUUACCACGAAGCGAAUCAGUCGGUGCCACUGACAAACAACAACGUGUUCUUGGCAGUCCCAGACUUACAAUAUACUAUAAACUAUGAGACCUCACGGCAUAUCGAACCGCUUCUCCAAGCAGCGGGACUCAAUGGCCUCUUUUACUUAAGACAGAGCCAUCUCUCAUUACUGCACCUAUAUAACCUAGACAACUGCUUCGAUAUUUGGCUGGAUGAAGUCACUUGGGUUCCAGAUGAAGAAUGCGAAGAAUAUCACGACAGAAACAUACAGUCGGUAUUUUCCAUCCAUCUCGACAAAUCCUCCCUGACCUUGCGACCAAUGAUUCGCGAUGACGGCCUCUUUCCCUACGAGCCCGGUUCCGUCCAAUACUUUUGGGCAGAUGAGCAUGUCGGACAAGACAACCUUGCUUAUUGGGACUGGCUGGAGCAUGCUUUGCGCGGGUUUUUGCACGACCGCGACGUCGUCUAUGACCUGUUGUUACUCUCCGGGACCCAGGCCACGGCCCUGGACUUCCAACAAAUUAUACAAAGCGUGUUGAAGGACCACGAGAAAAUUGUGCCUCGGGAUUACCUGCGGAGGCCGAUCGAUCACACAUAUGCUGCUGCGAGAGGGGCCGCUCAGCUCGCGAGGGUGUACUUGUGCAGCUCCUCAUGUAUGCCUGCCCCGUGGUGUCCGACCAGUGGGCACUGUAAGAGGUGGGCAUGGCACCGGGACGAUGAGGGAGCGAAGAAGAUAGAACUGUAG